UUUCGUCCUCGCUGUUUUGUCCUUUAAUUCGCUCUUUGAAUUUCCCUUCUUCUGCUCAACAUUUAAACGAUCCUUUUAUUCGCAAUUAGCAAUCCCCAAUUCAUAUUCACCAGAGAGAUGACCGCCUCGUGGCUCCCUAACCUUUUGCGCAGCCCGCUGGCCGCACUCAUCAGCGAAGACUGCACUGUCACACUUGUCGACCAGCUGAACAUCCUCGAGCCGCACUGCCUUCGCCACGCACUGUCCAAGGGUCUUGGUCUUGGCAUCGUGCUUGGUGGCUGCGUCGUCAAGCUGCCGCAGCUUUUCAAAAUCCUUAAGUCAAAGUCUGUUGCCGGAAUCAGCCUCAGCUCGUACAUCCUCGAGAUCCUGGCCAAUGUGAUUACCAUCGCGUACAACUUCCGCAAGGGAUACGCGUUCACCACAUACGGCGAGGCUCUGUUUAUUGGCGCACAGAACUUUGUAAUCACGCUGCUCAUAAUGUCAUUCACCGGCCGUGCAGGCCUCGGUGUUAUUGCCGGUGCACUGCUGCUCGCCUUCACGUAUUCCCUUUUCGAUAUUUCGCUUAUCGGCGGAUCUCUGCUGUCGACCCUAUAUGGUCUGACCAUCCCGCUGGUCAUUUCGUCGAGAAUUCCGCAGAUAUACACCAUUCACAAGAACAAGUACACUGGUCAGCUGUCUGCAUUUGCGGUCUUCAACUACUUCUUUGGCACAGCCGCCCGCCUUUUCACCACGCUUGUCGAGGUCGACGACUCGCUGGUACUGCUCGGCGUCAUUCUUGCAACCAUUGCUAACGGCGUCCUGGCUGCCCAGAUGGUGUACUACUGGAACGCACAAGCCCCCAAGGACAAAUACAGGUUGGACACCAAAAAGAAUGAAUAGUUGCAUUCAUUUGCGACGACAGCCAAAAUAUAAUUAUGCGCGUGUAUUCGUGCAUGCACCCUCGGUUCUGGCGCUGUUAGAAUUUCUAUUCACAAAACAUUAAUUAACAACUUUGCUUUCAAUAUAUGGCGUUGGCGGUAUAUUGCGUGUAGUUUUGAUCUUCCGAUGUGGAUGGGCGGGCCCCGUGCGAACGGAAAACGCAAGCAAGUUUGAACAAUGAAUGAAUAAAUAAAUAAA